UUUCCUGAUAUUCUUGCAGGCUGCACCUGUGAACAUAAUUGUUGGUUCUCAUGUGUGGGUUGAAGAUCCUGUGCUGGCAUGGGUUGAUGGAGAAGUCUUCCGCAUUAACGGCGAAGAAGUCCAUAUCAACAGAACAGAUGGAAAAAUGGUUGUUGCCAAUAUUUCCAAAGUGUUUCCUAAAGAUACAGAAGCUCCUCCUGGAGGUGUAGAUGAUAUGACAAAGCUUUCAUAUUUGCAUGAACCGGGAGUUCUGCAUAACUUGGCUAUGAGAUAUGAACUUAACGAAAUCUAUACAUACACUGGAAAUAUCCUCAUUGCAGUAAACCCCUUCCAACGAUUACCUCAUCUAUAUGAUACUCACAUGAUGGAACAAUACAAAGGGGCCGCAUUUGGAGAGCUAAGCCCUCAUGUUUUUGCAGUUGCAGAUGCCUCAUACAGGGCAAUGAUAAAUGAAGGGAAGAGCAACUCGAUAUUGGUUAGUGGAGAAAGUGGUGCUGGAAAAACUGAGACAACAAAGAUGCUCAUGCGAUAUCUUGCUUAUCUCGGUGGGCGAUCAGGUGUAGAAGGGCGGACAGUUGAACAACAAGUGUUGGAAUCUAAUCCAGUGCUUGAAACAUUUGGGAAUGCAAAAACUGUCAGGAACAAUAAUUCAAGUCGUUUUGGAAAAUUUGUUGAGAUCCAAUUUGACAAGAGUGGGAGGAUAUCUGGGGCUGCUGUCCGAACCUAUUUACUUGAAAGAUCUCGUGUUUGCCAAAUUUCAGACCCUGAAAGAAACUAUCACUGCUUCUACCUUCUCUGUGCAGCACCGCCUGAGGAAAGAGAGAAGUAUAAGCUCGGAAGCCCUAGUUCAUUCCAUUACUUGAACCAAUCAAAUUGCUAUGCCUUGGAUGGUGUAAAUGAUGCUGAGGAAUAUCUUGCGACCAGAAGGGCAAUGGAUAUAGUAGGAAUCAGUGAGGAAGAACAGGAAGCAAUUUUCAGGGUAGUAGCUGCAAUUCUGCACCUUGGAAAUAUUGAAUUUGCAAAAGGGGAGGAGAUAGAUUCUUCUGUUAUCAAGGAUGAUAAAUCCAGGUUCCACCUAAAUACGACAGCUGAGCUGCUCAGAUGCGAUGCGAAGAGUUUGGAAAAUGCCUUGAUUAAGCGUGUCAUGGUAACACCUGAGGAGAUCAUCACAAGGACACUAGAUCCUGUCGGUGCUCUUGGCAGCAGGGAUGCAUUAGCCAAAACCAUGUACUCCCGUCUUUUUGAUUGGCUUGUUGAUAAAAUUAACAACUCCAUUGGCCAAGACCCAAAUUCAAAAACAUUGAUUGGUGUUCUUGAUAUUUAUGGUUUUGAAAGUUUCAAGCUCAACAGCUUUGAGCAGUUCUGCAUCAAUUUUACAAACGAGAAAUUGCAGCAGCAUUUCAAUCAGCAUGUCUUUAAAAUGGAGCAGGAAGAAUAUACGAAGGAAGAAAUUAAUUGGAGCUAUAUAGAGUUUGUUGAUAACCAAGAUGUGUUAGACCUGAUCGAAAAGAAACCUGGAGGAAUCAUUGCCCUUUUAGAUGAAGCCUGCAUGUUUCCCAAGUCGACACAUGAGACAUUUGCCCAGAAGCUGUACCAAACCUUUAAGAACAAUAAACGCUUCAUCAAACCUAAGCUUUCUCGUACAAGUUUCACUCUAUCUCAUUAUGCUGGAGAGGUCACAUAUCUGGCUGAUUUGUUCCUUGACAAAAACAAAGAUUAUGUCGUGGCCGAACAUCAAGAUCUAUUGACAGCCUCCACAUGUUCCUUUGUGGCUGGGCUUUUUCCUCCAUCUCCUGAGGAAUCAUCGAAGUCAUCCAAAUUUUCAUCUAUUGGGUCGCGGUUUAAGUUGCAACUUCAAUCUUUAAUGGAGACCUUAAGUUCAACAGAACCUCACUAUAUCAGAUGCGUCAAGCCAAACAAUGUCCUCAAACCUGCUAUUUUUGAGAAUUUGAACAUCAUCCAACAGCUCCGAUGUGGUGGUGUCCUCGAGGCUAUCAGGAUUAGCUGUGCUGGAUAUCCAACUAGACGAACAUUUUAUGAGUUUCUUCUACGCUUUGGUGUGCUUGCUCCAGAGGUUUUGGAUGGAAACUGUGAUGACAAAGUUGCAUGCCAGAAAAUUUUGGACAAAAUGGGACUGAAAGGUUACCAGAUGGGGAAGACAAAAGUUUUCCUACGGGCUGGUCAGAUGGCUGAGCUGGAUGCUAGAAGAGCAGAAGUGCUUGGCAAUGCAGCUAAGAUAAUUCAGAGGCAAACCCGUACUUAUAUUGCUCGGAGGGAGUUCAUUGCCAUGCGCAAGGCUGCUAUUAAGUUGCAAACUCGUUGGAGAGGUAAAUUGGCACGCAUACUAUUUGAGCAAAUGCGACGUGAAGCAGCUGCUGUAAACAUUCAGAAGAAUUUCCGCAGAUACGUUUCCAGGACAUCAUACUUGUCUACAAAGUCCUCUGCAGUCACACUGCAGACAGGGUUAAGGGCCAUGGUCUCUCACAAGGAAUUCAGAUUCAGAAAGCAGACUAAGGCUGCAAUCUGCAUUCAGGCCCACUUCCGCUGCCACAGAGAAUAUUCAUAUUACCAACAUCUUCAGAAGGCUGCGCUUAUUACUCAGUGUGGUUGGAGGCGUAGAGUUGCUCGCAGAGAGCUUAGAAAACUGAAAAUGGCUGCAAGGGAGACAGGGGCCCUUAAAGAAGCUAAGGACAAAUUAGAGAAGCGUGUCGAAGAACUUUCUUGGCGUUUGCAGUUCGAGAAGAGAUUGAGGACUGAUUUGGAAGAGGAGAAGGCACAGGAAGCUGCUAAGUUCCAGGAUGCUUUGCUUGCAUUGCAGAAGCAAUUGGAGGAAGCAAAUGCAAACAUAGUUAAAGAAAGAGAAGCAGCUCGAAAAGCUAUCGAAGAAGCACCCCCAGUCAUAAAGGAGACUCCAGUAAUGGUGGAAGACACGGAGAAGAUUAACAUGCUAACGGCAGAAGUUGAGAGCUUGAAGGCUCAGCUGGAAAAAGAGAGACAAACCAUGGAAGAUGAAAGGAAAGCUCGAGCAGAUGCUGAAGUCAGGAAUUCAGAGCUUGCUAAAAAGUUGGAGGAUUCAGAUCGAAAGUUAGAUCAGCUACAGGAUUCAGUGCAGAGGCUAGAAGAAAAACUAUCAAAUACAGAAUCAGAAAAUCAAGUGCUCCGGCAGCAAGCAUUGACUAUGUCACCCACAGGGAAACCCAUAUCAGGACGACCUAAGGCCGUUUUUCUUCAGUCGCCGAAGACACCAGAGAAUGGAAAUGUCAUAAAUGGAGAAACAAAGGUUGCACCAGAUACUAUUUUGGCUACGCCAAUUCCCCGCGAACCUGAGUCGGAAGAAAAACCACAGAAAUCACUCAAUGAAAAGCAGCAGGAGAAUCAAGAACUGUUGAUAAAAUGUGUAUCCCAAAACUUGGGCUUCUCUGGGGGCAAACCAGUUGCUGCCUCUGUCAUAUACAAGUCCCUGCUUCAUUGGAGGUCAUUUGAAGUUGAAAGGACAAGUAUUUUUGACCGGAUCAUCCAAACCAUUGCUGUGGCAAUAGAAGUUCCUGAUAAUAAUGAAGUACUGGCCUAUUGGUUAUCUAAUGCAUCUACUUUGUUGUCGCUACUCCAACACACACUCAAAGCGACAGGAGCAGCUAGCCUGACUCCUCAACGGCGGAGAACUUCAUCUGCAUCUCUUUUUGGAAGAAUGUCACAAGGUCUACGGGCAUCUCCCCAAAGUCCGGGGCUUUCAUUCCUCAACAACCGUGGCUUCCGCAGACUAGAUGACUUGAGGCAAGUCGAGGCCAAGUAUCCAGCACUGUUGUUUAAGCAGCAGCUUACUGCUUUCCUUGAAAAAAUGUACGGCAUGAUUAGAGACAACCUAAAGAAGGAGAUCUCUCCAUUGCUUGGAUUAUGCAUUCAGGUUCCAAGGACAUCACGGGCUAGUUUGGUGAAAGGACGGUCCCAGGCUAAUGCUGUUGCCCAGCAAGCUUUAAUUGCUCACUGGCAAAGCAUUGUAAAGAGGCUGAACAACUAUCUGACGAUAAUGAAAACGAACUUUGUACCUCCAUUCCUGGUACGUAAAGUGUUCACCCAAAUAUUUUCAUUCAUAAACGUUCAGCUGUUUAAUAGUCUUCUCUUGCGACGAGAAUGCUGCUCAUUUAGCAACGGGGAGUAUGUGAAAUCUGGUUUGUCUGAACUUGAACAGUGGUGUGUCGAAACGACUGAAGAAUAUGUAGGCUCUGCUUGGGAUGAGUUGAAGCAUAUCAGGCAGGCUGUCGGAUUCCUGGUCUUGCACCAGAAACCCAAAAAGACCUUGAAUGAAAUCACAAAGGAACUUUGCCCAACGCUCAGCAUACAACAGUUGUAUAGAAUCAGCACAAUGUACUGGGACGACAAGUAUGGAACCCACAGUGUUUCUUCAGAAGUUAUUUCAACCAUGAAAGUCAUGAUGACAGAAGACUCAAACAAUGCUGUUAGCAGUUCUUUCCUCUUGGAUGAUGAUUCGAGCAUACCAUUUUCUGUGGACGACAUAUCCAAGUCGAUGCAACAAGUAGAUAUAACCGACAUCGAUCCUCCUCUGUUGGUUCGUGAGAACUCUGGGUUCAGCUUCUUGCUGCCACGUUCGGAAUAAUGAUGCUCAAGAUGGGAGUCCAUACGAGCUGUAAAAUUCCUGCCUCAUUCGUAAUCCUUGGGACUCACGACUCUUGUCAUGUCCAAUUGCACAUAAGUUUUUAGAUCCUUGUACCGGGGCUAUUUAUUUUGGUUAAUCGCCCCGGUAGUAUUGCUUUCAAAUUUGUUUUUUUCACCCCUCGAGUUUCUUCAACAAGAGGGCAUUCUUUUGAGAUGCCAUUAUCACUAUUGGUGUGGUAUGGAGCAUCUAUUGUAAGAUUUGGGCAAAGGUGCCCAUUUCUGCGAGGCUCAUGACGAGCUUUCUUUUUCUUUUAUAAUUAAUUUGUUUGUUUUUUCUUGGGGGAAAGGGCUGCCUAGGAAUAGUUCUUAGUUUUUGGGAUCAAAGUAGGGGUUGGUCGAUUGAUUUUUUUGUAUAUGACAAGCACAAGCAGUUGAUGAGAUCAUAUAACCUUUUAUCGAAAGUUUUCGGGGGUUUUGUGAUUGUAAUUC